CUCACGAGUCUCCACACACAAUCUUGCACAUCCUUCUCGCCCUACGACUCGCAAUCACAAUGCGCACUGCGCAGACACCAUCGUCCGUGCUCCGUCCUUCUAGAAGCUUUUUCGAAACUCCUCAAUGCGUCCGUGAGUCGGGAGGGAUUGGCGAAUGCCAUAUCAUGAACAGACUUCCCCUUUACAUCUAUGUAUUCGCUAUAUGUAUCAUAGUGAUUAUGAGUGAAUGAUCAAGAAGAGUCUUAAACCCAUACAGCAACCCUACAAUCGUAG